CCUAUCUUGGAGGAAUAUGAUUACAAUAUACAAUAUCCAGUUUGUGACAUGGAUUAUUUCCCUGAUAGAAAUUAUCCAACAGGUCUCGGCCGACACACAGUACUGUAGUGAUACGGGAGAAAGAUGUGAUUAUCCUAAGACUUGUUGUCCCAGUGGGUGUUGCUAUGGCAUCAACAACAAUCACGAUCACCAUGCCUACUCGUUUAGAGUUUCGUUUUACAACCUCUGGUACUUUUGGUUCAUUGUACUGUUCGUCCUCAUGUCAUGUUUUGGUGGCUGUGGGUAUUAUAAACAGAGGCAGAGAUUUGCGAGGUCACGUGGUGUGUGUGCAGUGACUGUGACCUCACAGCUGGGACAUAACUCGCGCCAGACAAGCACCUUAAGGAGUGGAAUCAAUGUCAAUCCCUCCCAUAUCCCAGCCUCACAUUCCAACUUUGGUUACACUGGUAGUGGAGAUGUCAGAUCAGGAGUGACUAUGCAACCUCCAGCUUAUUCCGAGGUGAUGAUGCAGCCCGAGUUAUACCCUACUCACAAAUCAGAAUUAGUGUUACCACCUUAUCCAGGCACUCAACAUAUUGUAUCUACAAACAGCUCAGGAGGUACCGAUUCUACCAGCAGUGGCCUUCCCCAGCCCCCACCGUACUCUUUAUUUCAAUCAUCCAAUCAGGGAUCACCAAAUCAGGAAAUUCAUUCACCAACAGCCAAUCAGAAUGCAGAUUACAGCACACAUCAGCCACAGAAUCUCCCUGUCAAUCAGUAAUGAUUCAACCAAAAUAUUUCAUUGGAAAUUUUUGUCACAGUGUUGCUUUUUCAUUCAUUUUAUAUUUGAGGUCUUUUUGUAUAAAAAGGAUAAAUCAUUUGUAAUCUUUCAUGGAAACCUUUUUUUUUUAUUUAAAGAAAUUUA